CCUAUAAUCAUCUGUUUUCCACAUAUAUUUCUAUUCUAUUCCUAUAUCUCCUUCAUUCCUAUAGGUUUUUAAUCCUGCGUUGUAAAAGGGCGUACAUAUAUUACAAGUGUCACAGGUCGAACCUGUUAGCUUGGUACGUGCGACGUAGCAAUGUCCGGGCACGAGCAAGCAGACCACGUCGCCGAGAGCUCCGGCACGCGGAACGACGGCGCUGCCACGGCGAAGCACCAGGAGUGGCUGAAGGAGAUGCGCGGGUGGCUGAUGGUCCUCGCCACACUCGCCGCGUCGGUGACAUACCAGGCGGGGCUGAACCCUCCCGGCGGCUUCUGGCAGGACGACGACAAGCCGGGCCACGUGGCGGGCAACCCCGUGCUCCGCGACCGAAACGCUGCGAGGUACCUGACGUUCUACUACUUCAACGCGACGGCGUUCGCCACUUCGUUGGUGAUCAUCCUCCUGCUCCUGAACGAGCAGUUCUACCAGACGGAGGCCAAGGUCGCCGCCCUCGUCCUCACCACCAUGGUCGACCUCAUGGGCCUCGUCGGCGCCUACAUCGCGGGGUCCACCCGCGACAUGUCUUCCUCCAUCUGCAUCAUCGUCCUCACCUGCUUCCUGUUCGUCUGCGUCGUGUACAUGGCUAGGGUGCUGCCGAACCUGUGCUUCAUUGUGCUGUACAUGGCGCCACCGCUCUUCACGAUGGCGAAGAAGGGGUGGCUGCCGGUGACGGCGAACAUGAAGACGCGCGUGGAGGCGGCGAAGAAACGGGAGGAGGAGCAGAAGAAGAGAUCGAUCAAUAACGGGAAGAGUCGGUGCCUUUGCUGUGCGUGCUUCAUGGCUUCCAAAAAUGAUAAUCAUCCGGAGGCUGCUGCUUAAACCGUCUCCUGCUAGGCCUUUUCACAUGGUUAUUUACAUGAUUACUUAAAUGCUGUAAUAAUCUGGGCUGUGUGCAUCCUUGGAUGCAGAGACCAGGAGAUUUUCUCUUCCAUUAUCCAAUCUAGUCUGUCAACCCGUGCGACUCCAUGGGCUAGUAAAUUUUGAAUGCACUUGAAUGUUCAAGAAACAACAGUUGCACAUUCAAGAUUUUGGGCAUCAAGCAAUUACGAAGAUUUAAGACUUUAGGAUUUGAAAACAAAGAAGUGAUAAAGUAUUAGAGUGACUAUUAGACGUGUGAUAGUUAGUUACAUAACAAAGAUAUUAAGCUUUAUAUUUUUUGUCUAUAUAUUUAACGGGUAGCUAGCAUUCCUAAAACAGUUAGAGAUGAGAAAAAAAAAAGAAAUAAGAACAGGAAAAGGAAUCAGAUGAAAAGAAUAUGAUUAAAGAUGGUCUAAUAUCGUGUCUUCCUUACCUCAUGGUACGGACGGAUGUGACGGGACUUUCCGACCUUUCCCCAUCCUCUGU